AUGGCGAGGUUCUUCCUUUCCGUAGAGAAGACCGCCGAAAUAAUAGCUGCUUGCAACAAACGAGGCGUCUCCGUCACUGCCGCCUUUUACACAGCUCUAGCCACGACAUCACAGCCGAUUCAGGCUGAGCAUGGACCAAAAGGAAGAUACGUAAUGAGCUUCCACCACUUCGAAGCAAGACCUUGGUUCAAACAAACCAUUGAUACGCGGAACUUCUUAGGCCUCGACCCACACGCUAUCCUCCCCUUCGCCCUGGAUAUGGGAGAAGAUAAGAGGAGUUUCCGCGAUCUCGCAUUCGACGCCAACAAGUUCUUCAAGUCCUACCAAACAGAAUUCGCGGCUGAUGCUACGGGCUUGGACUUCAUAAACGACCUCCUCAGGUCUUUCUUGCGCCCUGAAACGCCCGCCCCGAAUUUGCCAAUCUUCUCAGUUUCAGUGUAG